UCGGGUCCCCCGCAGCCGGAUGCGCAGGGCCUGGCGGCGCGGCGGGAUGGAGGCCGGAGGCCACGGGCAGGAGGGCGAGGCGGGUGGCCAUGGCGGCCACAAGAAGAAACACAAGAAGCACAAGAAGAAGCACAAGAAGCGGCACCACCACGAGGCGGGGCCGCCCCCGGGUCCCGAACCGCCGAAGCAGCCCCGGCUGCGGCUCCGGAUUAAGCUGGGAGGGCAGAUCCUGGGCACCAAGAGCGUCCCCACGUUCACGGUGGUCCCCGAGGGGACGCACUCGCCGUCGCCGCUGCUGGGAGGUGACGAGGAGGAGCCCAGCGAGGGGGUCCCCAUCGAGCAGUACCGGGCCUGGCUAGAUGAGGACAGCAACCUAGCUCCCUCCCCACUGCCCGAGCUGGACCCCGAGAGCUGCUUCCCUCCCCGUGAGGAGGAGGAAGAGGAGGAAGAGGAGGAGGAAGAGGAGGAGGAGGAGCGGCGCUGGCUGGCGGCCCUUGAGAGAGGGGAGCUGGACGACAACGGUGACAUCAAGAGGGAGGUGGACGAGUCCCUCCUGACGGCCCGGCAGCGCGCGCUGCUGCACAAGCAGCAGAGCCAGCCCCUGCUGCAGCUGCCCAUGGGCGCCAAGGCCAAGGAGGUGACGGAGGAGAUGCGGGAGAAGCGCGAGGAGCGGGCGCGGCGCCGGCGGCUCCAGGCCGCCCGCAAGGCCGAGGAGAGCAAGAACCAAACCAUCGAGCGCCUGACGCGCACGCACAAGGCCAAGGUGAGGGCCCUGCGCGAGCGCCGCGCCCGCCCCGCGCCCUGCCCCGUCGUGCACUACCGCAGCGCCGCCGACGGCAUCACCGUGUCCUUCCCCGCCGGGCUGCCGCUGCCGCUGCCCCCCGCCGCCGCCCCGCCCGUGCCCCCCGCGCAGCCCUGCGCCGUGCCCGGCUGCCCCAACGUCAAACGGUACAGCUGCGCCCGCACCGGCCGCCCGCUCUGCAGCCUGGACUGCUACCGGCGCAACCUGCAGCUGCUGCAGAGCCCGGGGUGAGCCCCACCGAGGGGGCUGCGGGGGGCUACGGACCCUCCCCAGGGGAUACCGACCCUUCCCGGGGGCUGCGGAUCCUUUGCCGUGGGUACGAAGGGCCACGUCGCCGGGCAGUACGGAGCUCCAGAGGGGUCUGGAUUACCCACAUGGACACGGAGGAGGAGCCUGUAGAUUUUCACCCUGGAACUUGGAGGGCUGUGGGGAGCUCCAGAUCUUCCACGUGGACCCAGGAGGCCAGGACAACGCGCUGCUGUAGACACGGAGGCUCUGGUCGCUCCGCAUGGACACAGGAGACCUGGAUGGCUGCAGUUCCUCGUGGACACAGGGAGCUCUGGCUCAUCCAGAUGGAUGUGGACAACAAGGAUGUGGAGCUCCAGGGGGCUCCAGCCUCUCCACCAUGGACACAGAGGGUUGGGGACCUUAGCAGGGACUGAGGGUGGCCCUGUGGGAGUAGAGGUUCCCCGGAAAAGGCGGGUCUUGGUGUCGCGAAGCUGAUUAAAGGCUGUUGU